AUGGCCAGUGAAAACUCAGACUCGCAUGAGACGAACUCCACUUUACUAGUCGAAGAUACUCUGACCAUAUCUUUCCAAAAUAUUAGUUAUAAUGUAGCGACAUCGUGUUGGACAAACAUAAAUCCUAGAGCACGCAAGACACGCAAGACAAUUCUAAACGACGUAUCUGGAACUUUCAAUGCCGGCGAGUUGUCAGUCAUCAUGGGACCAUCCGGAGCGGGAAAGAGCACUCUCAUGGACAUUCUAGCUGGCUAUACAAAACCGUCAGAUGGAUAUAUUUACAUAAAUGGACGAAUAAGGAAUGAAAAGAAAUUUAGACGCAGAUCUUGUUAUAUACUCCAGGAUGACAAAGUACAGGACAUGCUCACAAUAAGGGAAUCCUUAAACUUUGCCGCUGAUCUCAAACUAGGAAAUCAUAUUAGCCAAGAACAGAAAAAACAAAGAAUUAAUGAAAUAAUCGAAUCUUUAGGCUUAAGAGCAGUUAUCGAUGUAAAAUCUGUCAAUUUAUCUGGCGGACAAAGAAAAAGGCUGGCAAUAGGACUGGAGCUUAUAAGUGAUCCUCAGAUCAUGUUUCUCGAUGAACCUACCAGUGGCCUGGAUAGCUCAAUAUCGAAGCAAAUAGUAUAUAUACUUCACUUUUUAGCACGGCAAGGGCGGACGGUGGUGGUGACAAUGCAUCAGCCGUCCGCCACCCUGCUACGAAUGGUGGAUAGGCUGUAUGCCGUAGUGGGAGGACAAUGUGCAUAUGUCGGAGCAGAAACUCAGCUACGGCCAUGUCUUGAAGAAAUGAAUCUAAAGUGCCCGGCGUUCCACAAUCCUGUGGAUUUUCUAAUAGAAAUAUCUGCAGAAAACUCGGACAUGCUGAUUCGAGAAUCGGAAAAUGGAAGAAAUACGAGAUGGAUGAGUAACACACUUAGAGAUAGUGACAACAAUAUAACAGUUGAAUAUAAGCCAGGCGAGGAGGUAUCCCUCACGAUGCUACCAGCCCCCAAGGAAGAUUUUACGAGGAAAACCCUGCUAGCGAUAAAGAGCACAUACUCGACAUCUUUUUGGAAACAGUUUACGAUUCUCACUCGAAGAUCUCUAUGGACAAUUUGGCGAGAUCCAUGGUUCGCUUUAACGUUUGCAUCAAUCCACUGUGGCAUGGCACUCCUUGUAGGCACAUUAUACUAUAAGAUUGGCAACGAUGGGUUUUAUGCCUUAGAUACAGUAAAAUUUUUACAAUUUUGCCUCUUGUUCCUCAUGUUUACCUCGUUUAGUGCUAUAAGUAUAAGAUUCCCCCAAGAAAUACCGGUAAUUCGUCGGGAGCACUUCAAUCGGUGGUAUUCUGCAGGAGCUUACUACAUGUCGACUAUAAUAUCAGUUGUACCACUGCAGACAAUUUGCACGCUCUUGUUUGCGUUCAUUACUUACUUUUUAACUACUCAGCCCGUAGACUUCGUUAGAAUAUGCAACUUCUGCUUUAUUUUGCUUAUGGUGAGCUAUGUUUCGCUCUGUAAGGGCUUGCUGAUUGGAGCGAUAUUUAAUGUUAAGAAUGGAGUAAUAAUGGGUCCAUUUUUCAUAAUGCCGUUCGUUAUGUUUUCUGGAAACUUUAUAAAAACACAAGAUGUGCCUGCCCUCUUCAAUUGGAUCUUACAAAUUUCAUUCCUUAAACAUGGGUUUGUCGGUCUGCUGUUGUCAGUAUUCGGGAGUGAACGACCUAACCUGAAUUGUGAGGAUCAUAUCUAUUGUCACUUCAAAGUUCCCAAGACAAUACUAAAGGAAUACGGCGCAUUGAAAGAAGAUUAUGUGUCAUUGGUAAUAGCACUAUUUGGAAUUGGGUCGACGGUUGCAAUUAUAGCGUUCAUAAUAUUAAAAAUCAGAUUGAGAAAUAAGUGGUAA